GGAGGCAGGGGCGAGAAGUCGAAGUCAAACCACGACACCAGGCUGCGUUUUCUCCGUAAUCCGAGGACAGAUCCCCUUUCCUCUCUCCAUUUACGCGGCGCUGCAAAAUCCUCUUCACUCUUCCUUCCCCAUACUGUCGCCGCGCUGCCAUCCUCCUCCACGGCAGGAUCCCGGCUGACCACGCAAACCAACUGUUCGACCUACAGUACAAGCUGGUCGAGUUCUUCUGUCCACGCGCGACCAUGGAGGCGGCUCUGGUGAGCGCAGCCACCGGGGCCUUGAGGCCCGUCCUGGGGAAGCUGGCCGCUCUGCUGGGCGACAAGUACAAGCGUUUCAAGGGGGUGCGCAAGGAGAUGAAGUCCCUCACCGACGAGCUCACGGCCAUGCAUAAUUUUCUCCUCAGGAUGUCCGAGGUGGAGGAUCCCGAUGUGCAGGACAAGGCGUGGAUGGCGGAGGUGCGGGAGCUCUCUUACGACAUGGAGGACGCCAUCGACGAGUUCAUGCUGUGUGUCGAUGACAAGGACGCCAAGCCAGAUGGAUUCAUGGAUAAGAUCAAGAUCUCUCUGGGGAAGAUGAGGGCUCGCCAUAGGAUCGGCAGCGAGAUCCAAGAUCUGAAGAAACAAAUUAUUGAGGUGGGCGAGAGGAAUACGAGGUACAAGACACGUGAGGUCUUCGCCAACACCAGAAAUACAGCCGUUGACCCUAGAGCUCUUGCUAUCUUUGAGCAUGCCUCAAAGCUCGUCGGAAUCGAUGAGCCGAUGAAUGAGAUAAUCAAACUGUUGAUGCAUGAUGAUGGACGGGUGCGGACACAACCACUGAAGAUAGUUUCCGUUGUUGGAUCUGGAGGUAUGGGCAAGACAACGCUUGUGAACCGAGUGUAUCAAGAGCUCAAAGGGCAAUUCGAAUGUCAGGCCUUCUUAUCCGUGUCUCGAAAUCCAGACUUGAUGAAUAUUAUGAGAACUAUUCUUAGCAGAGUUAGCAAUCAAGACUAUGCCAGCACUGAAGCAGGGAGCAUACAGCAAGUGAUCAUUAACAUCACGAAUUUCCUAGCAGGCAAAAGGUACUUAAUUGUUGUGGAUGAUAUAUGGGAUGUGGAAACUUGGAAUGUUAUCAAGUGUGCAUUCCCUAUGACUAGUUGCGGCAGUAGAAUAGUCACCACUAGUCGUAUGAAUAAUGUUGCCCAUUCGUGUUGUUCAUCAUUUAGUGGCUAUAUUUAUAAUAUAAGGUCUCUUAAUAUGAUGCACUCAAGACAAUUAUUUCAUAGAAGGCUAUUCACCUCUGUUGAAGAUUGCCCCACACACCUUAAAGAUGUUGCUGACCAAAUCUUGGAAAAAUGUGUUGGCUUGCCGUUGGCGAUCAUUGCUAUAUCUGGUUUGUUGGCAAACAGAGAGAGUACAAAGGAUCAGUGGGAUCAAGUGAAAAAUUCAAUUGGUCAUGCACUUGAAAGAAAUCCUACCGUUGAAGGAAUGAUGAAGAUAUUGUCGCUUAGCUACUUCGAUCUUCCUCCUCAUCUGGAAACAUGCCUACUCUAUCUAAGUACAUUUCCAGAAGAUCACAUUAUUAAGAAGAUUGACCUGAUAAACAGUUGGAUUGCUGAAGGAUUUAUUCCUAAAGAAGGCACACAUACAGUACAUGAGUCAGGUGAGAUGUGCUUUAAUGAUCUUGCAAAUAGGAAUUUGAUCCAACUCGGGGGGACAGACAAAUAUGGUCUUGUGAAGAUUUGCCGAGUUCAUGACACAAUUCUUGAUUUCAUCAUAUCCAAGUCUAUCGAAGAGAACUUUAUUACUUUAGACGGUGGUUCCAAUCUAACAACGGGGAAACAAAGCAAAGUUCGUAGGUUGUCUCUCCAAGUUGGAAAGCAAGGAAAUUCUGUCAUACCCACAAGUCUGGUAUUGUCCCAUGUCCGAUCAUUUAAUGUGUUUUCGGAUUCUAGGGAAAUCCCGUCUUUGGACCAGUUCAGGCAUUUACGUGUCCUGAACUUCAGAAAUUGCUACCAACUGGGAAAUUAUCAUCUUGGAAAUAUAGGUAGACUGUUUCAGUUGAGAUACCUGAACCUCAGGAAUACAGCAGUGAGUAAUCUCCCAGAACAAAUCGGACAUCUACGAUGCUUAGAAAUGAUUGACCUAAGAAACACAAAUGUCCGUGAAUUACCUGAAGCUAUAGUUAAUCUCAGAAAAUUGGUGCAUUUACUUGUUGAAACUCGGGUUAAAUUUCCUGAUGGAAUUGCGAAGAUACAAGCACUGGAGAUGUUGAAAGAGGUCAACCCCUUCAACCAGUCGUUGAACUUUCUGGUAGAACUUGGCCAGCUAAAGAAUCUGAGGAACCUGCACCUUGAUUUGGAAAAAGAAUCUACCACUGGAAAUACCAUGGGUGCUAAGGAGUGCAAAAAGGCUAUUGCCUCAUCUCUCCAUAAAUUAGGCACACAUAACCUUCGUUCUCUAACUGUUGUUUAUGGUGACAACUUUUUACAAGAACCAUGGUGCCCACCGCUUAGUCUCCAAUCACUUAUGUUGUAUUGGUCACCUUUCCCACAGGUCCCGAAUUGGAUGAGCUCCCUUGUCAACCUCCAGCAGUUACGCCUUGAAGUAGAGGGACUCAGGCAGGAUGAUCUCUGCAUCCUUGGAGCCUUACCGUCUCUGCUCAUUCUUGAUAUAAUAGGAGUAAGAAAGUCUAGAGAUAGGCUCAGAGUCAGUGGUGAAGUUGGGUUCCGAUGCCUGAGGAUGUUCUUUUAUUAUAUACAAGAUGAAGGGAUGGAGCUGAUGUUUGCAGCAGGAUCCAUGCCGAAGCUAGAAAAACUCAGGAUUAAUGUUGACACAGAUGAAAUUAAGCUUCGCACUAGUGAUGCUCUUAAUUUUGGAAUGGAUAACCUCCCGUGCCUCAUCACUGUAGAAUGUGCACUGCGUGGCAGAGUCAGGAGCGCUCUUGAGGCGGCAAGGGAUGCCAUGGUGAGAGCAGCCGGCACAAAUCCAAACCACCCUAGCCUAAUCUUUGUAUAGUGACAUGCUGUUAAUGAUGCAUGGUGGGUAGUUACCCCAUAGGGCCCACACUGACACUUCAGCUUGGGGCCAAAUUUCAUGCAAGCUGUAUGCAAUCUGAAGGUUCACACAAAGAAAUUGUGACGGAUCUGUUCAAGCUCUUGUUGACAUGCCGUUUUCACUUGUUUGUAUAGGAAAUGAAUCCUACCAACAGGUCCUAAAUCAAUUAUAUGUUUAUCUUGAUUUUCUGAUUAUCAUUGCCUUCCUCCCUAUAUAACUGCUACUUCAGAAAAUUUAUCUGUGACAGUGCAUAUAAUCCUGCUUACAGGUAGUUAAAUUGGCUACUGCCAUUUCUUUA